AUGGCAACAUUGGACGAUUACUUUUCCAUACAAACAUUCUUGAUUGUGUUGAGAGAAACCUUGGAGUCCGCCAUCAUUAUAUCUGUUCUUUUAUCCUUUGUUCAUCAAACAUUUUGUACCGAUGAUGGGAAGGCUCAGAAUCGAAGCGAGGGCCAGUACCAGGCAAUACCUCUGAACUCGAUAUCCUGUUCAGAGGAAGCAGAACCUUCGGAGGCAAAACUAGUGGAUAGAAAAUUGGGUCGAAUAUUAAAGUUCCAAAUCUGGUUUGGUGGAUUGUUGGGUCUUGCAGUUUGCUUGUUCAUAGGUGCGAUAAUACUUGUUGUAUUCUAUAAAGUGGGCAGCGAUCUAUGGGCAAUUGCAGAGCAUUAUUGGGAGGGGACAUUUUCAAUCCUUGCAAGUAUAAUUAUAUCGGUUAUGGGGAUCCAAAUCCUUAGAGUGAGCAAAAUGCAGCAAAAGUGGAAAGUCAAAUUGGGAAGACUUUUGCAACUGUCCAGGCAUUUCAACCCGCUGAUAUCAAACUCAAGUAGGAAACCUGAAGGAAGAUGGCUUCACAAAUUGGAGUUGUUGACCGAAAAAUACAACAUGGUUAUAUUGCCAUUUGUCACCACGUUGAGGGAAGGACUUGAAGCAAUAGUGUUUAUUGGAGGAAUCGGAGUUAACGAAGAUACUUCAAUUUGGGCCAUUAUCAAUGCCGCAGUAAUAGCUGUCAUUGUCGGCACAUUAAUUGGUUGCAUUUUGUACAGAUCUGGAAACACCUUAUCUUUGCAAUGGUUUCUCAUUACAUCCACUUGCUUUUUGUAUUUGGUUGCCGCAGGACUCUUUUCCAAAGGUGUAUGGAAUUUUGAGCUCCAGCAUUUUAUUAACCAGUGCGGAGGAAUGGAUGUGAGUGAGACGGGUCACGGGCCUGGCUCAUAUGAUAUCAAGAAAAGUGUAUGGCAUGUCAAUUGCUGUAAUGGUGAACUACAAGAUGAUGGUGCUUUUUGGAUGCUCUUGACAGCAAUUUUGGGUUGGACCAAUUCGGCAACAUACGGAAGUGUAAUUAGCUACAUUUUGUAUUGGAUAGUGGUUACCAUUGCUUUUACUUCGUUGACAUAUGAAGAGAAGCACGGGUACUUACCAAUAAUUCCAAUAAGGUGGCAGCUUAAUCGUAUAAAAAAGAGAAAGUCAUUAUAUACGCCAAUAGCUGAUCAAGAGGGUAACAACAAUAGGGUUAGCAUAGAUUCAAUCAACUCGGAGACACCAUUGCAAUAG